GGCUCUGGAAUGACAUAUUUGAGCCAUAUAAAUUAAGCUUCUCCUCUGGCAUCUGUUAGCUGACUCACUUGCAACUCCACCUCAGCAGUGGUCUCUCAGUCCUCUCAAAGUAGGAAAAGAGUACUGUGUGCUGAGAGAGCAUGGCAAAGAAUCCUCCAGAGAACUGUGAGGACUGUCACAUUCUAAAUGCAGAAGCUUUUAAAUCCAAAAAGAUAUGUAAAUCACUUAAGAUUUGUGGAUUGGUGUUUGGUAUCCUGGCUCUAACUCUAAUUGUCCUGUUUUUGGGGGGCAAGCACUUCCGGCCGGAGACACCCAAAAAAACAUAUGACAUGGAGCACACUUUCUACAGCAAUGGAGAGAAGAAGAAGAUUUACAUGGAAAUUGAUCCUGUGACCAGAACUGAAAUAUUCAGAAGUGGAAAUGGCACUGAUGAAACAUUGGAAGUACAUGACUUUAAAAAUGGUUACACUGGCAUCUACUUUGUAGGUCUUCAAAAAUGCUUCAUCAAAACUCAGAUUAAAGUGAUUCCUGAAUUUUCUGAACCAGAGGAGGAAAUAGAUGAGAAUGAAGAAAUCACCACAACUUUUUUUGAACAGUCUGUGAUUUGGGUCCCAGCAGAAAAGCCUAUUGAAAAUCGAGACUUUCUGAAAAAUUCCAAAAUUCUGGAAAUUUGUGAUAAUGUGACCAUGUAUUGGAUCAAUCCCACUCUAAUAGCAGUUUCAGAGUUACAAGACUUUGAGGAAGAUGGUGAAGAUCUUCACUUUCCUACCAAUGAAAAAAAAGGUAUUGAACAAAACGAGCAGUGGGUGGUCCCCCAAGUGAAGAUGGAAAAGACCCGCCACACCAGACAAGCAAGUGAGGAAGAACUUCCAAUAAAUGACUAUACUGAAAAUGGACUAGAAUUUGAUCCCAUGCUGGAUGAGAGAGGUUAUUGUUGUAUUUACUGCCGUCGAGGCAACCGCUACUGCCGCCGCGUCUGUGAACCUUUACUAGGUUACUAUCCGUAUCCAUACUGCUAUCAAGGAGGGCGGGUUAUCUGUCGUGUCAUCAUGCCUUGCAACUGGUGGGUAGCCCGCAUGCUGGGGAGGGUCUAAUGGCAAGUUUGAGCUCAAGUGCUUAAACUUCUGCAGCAAACAUAUAAUAAAUGCAUGCUAUCCAAUGAAUUUCUGCCUAUGAGGCAUUUGGUUCCUAGUAGCCAGUACUCCAGAAUUACUUGUAAGUAAUUCCUCUCUUCAUGUUCUAAUAAACUUCUACAUCAUCAUCAAA